CUAAUGGUGCUAACAGCGAUCGUGCGAACCGCUCGGUUACGGAGUCUGACCAACUUUUUUCUGGCUAACUUGGCCAUCGCAGACUUCAGCGUGGGUGUUUUCUGUGUCUUGCCGAACCUUUCCACAUUCCUGUCUCAGCCCUGGAUCUUGGGAAGAGCUAUGUGCAAGAUUUACUACUUUAUGUGGAAUUUGAGUUAUACUGUGUCCAUUCUGAUUCUGACGGCAAUUGCUAUUGAAAGAUACAUUGCCAUUAGGUUUCCCCUGAAAGCUCGAGGGUGUUUUACAUCAAGAAGGCUUAUCCUGACUCAAGUGGUAAUCUGGCUUGUUGCGGCCAUCUACAGCACGCCAUAUCUCCUUAUAUUAGACACGAUUUCAACCAGUGAUAUUGAUGGAAAAGUAGUGGAAUAUUGUUUCUACAGAAACAAACUGAUAAAUAUGAAGAUUUACACAACGGCCAAUUUCAUUGCAUGGUACACCAUACCUCUAUUAAUAAUGAUGAUCAUUUAUUACUGCAUUGGCAAGAUUUUGUGGAGAACGAGCUCCAUUUACAGAUUCACUUCGUCUAAGACUCUAAGCAAGCCACCAGAUGAGUACGGGUUUACUACUAGCAGCUCCCAGAGCUCGGGUUUGGGAUCUCAGCUGCUGAAAAUGAGGAGUCUACAAAACACUGACUGUCAAUUGGUCCAAAACGAGCCCAUGUCCCUUAAAAGCGGCCGAGGCUUUUCUAUAAAGAGGCGAGAUAACUUUCAACCCGAGAAUGUCCAGUAUAGUCCACGAAAUCACUUUUUAAGAGUUACAUCUUUUAUCUCGAGAAAUGAAUCAACGAAUACAGCUAAGACGGCCACACCCGAUCCUUUGCGGUUACGCAGCAUCAAAGCAGUGCGCAGCCGCCGUAAGGUCAUCAGGCUUCUAGUCGCUGUUGUCGUUCUGUUUGCUCUGUGUGUUCUUCCACAUCAUAUACGCCUUCUGCUAAAAUGGUGGGGAAUACGAUCAGUCCUCAAUGCGGGAAUAUUCUCCCCAAUUUCGUUUUUAAUUCUAUAUUCAAACAGUGCUUUUAAUCCAAUUUUAUAUGCCUUAUUCUCAGCAAAUUUUAGAAAAAGUUUCUCCGAGUUGAGUCCUCUCAGAUUUCUGAGACGCAGAAAACGUUCGCUUCUUUUUCAGGAAACGAAGCUUUUUGGGAUUAACUGACAAAUAAUAAGAAUGGUGACAAAUAAAUAAAUAAAUAAUACAUAUCUUGAUAAUGUGGACUUCAUUUUUAAAUUCACAAUUUAACAAUGGAAAAUAGACUGUUUAUUAUAACUUUUGUAUUAUUAUCAUACAUGUAUAUAUCUUGUUCUAUAUUCAUUAUAUUCAUAU